AUGGCUCAGAGUUGUUCAUGCGCUCAUCCCACCCUCUUCAUAGGCCUGGAUAUAGGCGUAACCUACUCUGGAGCCGUUGGUAUUCUUGUAGAGUAUUGCAUUGAACACAAAAAGUUCAAUGUUCUUGGGGACAUUGUGAUUGACAAGUUCCAAACGUUGCUCACUCGAAAGGGGAAGACCGAAGCAACAUUCUUGCCGCCUGGGGAGACGAUUGGGCCUGAUGACGAGAUUCUAUCUUACUUCAAGAUGGGCGUCAUAGAUCUCAAUGGCGCCAAGUUCUCUCAGGCGGAUGACAAGAUGGUCCAAGGUUUGAAAGACUGUUGGGGAAAACAACCCACCUACGUUGUAGCACCGAAGGCCUUUAGUCUUUUUAUUCAUGGCCUGUACCAGCACGUCAUUGAUCUUUCUGAGGAACGAUUGGAAGAUGCGGGCUAUAAAUACAUCGCUCAGGCCUUUUUUACGGAGGGUGCUUAUGACGUGAAGAAUAUGGUGAUUGAGGAGGAGCAUGUUGCCGCUCUCCGAGGUCUCAUGCAAUCGGAGCCUGAUACUAUUCAAUCGCUCACAGAUGCCAAAGAAACAGCCAUUAUCUGUGACAUCGGUGGCAUGACUACAGAUGUUGUGGUUCAUCGCUUCUGCCCAAUCGGGGGGGCGUCUGCAUUGCCUCGUGUGUGCAUGUCUCGCCUUAAUGGCGCAUGUCUCAUCGACGAAGAGUACUCGAAGUUGCUUGAUAGAGAAAUAGAGCGUCAAAUUCCCGAAUGGUAUCGAGAGAAUAAUGCUGAUGCGAUGAAGGACUUCAAACACCUUUUCAUGUCUCAAUGGCGAGAGAAGGAUAAGCUGAAGUAUGACCCCGCCAAUUACGGUGAUAGUCUGGACUUGAAAAUAGGAAAAUGGAGGCUCAGCAUCCAGCACGCUGCAUUCAUCGGUCUUUUUGAUCCACUUCUUGAGCACGUCAUCUCUGUCGUCAAAGAGGCUUACAAUAAAGAGCGUGCCAUGCCAGUGAAGCCCCCCACGAAGGUGAUUCUAGUUGGUGGCCUCUCUCACUGCAAGUACUUGGUGAACGCGUUGACAGAACAACUGGCUAAGGAGAAGUUGGAAGUCUACCCUUCUCCCUCUCAAACCCGAUGGAAUAUCGUUGCCUUAGGUGCGUCUUAUCACUACCAACUCUAG